CCAUGCAUCUCCCCUUUUCAUUCUUACCACUAUCUCAUCUAUACCUUUAAACCCAUUUCUAGAUUUCUUUCUUUUCUUCAUCCAAAUGCUCUUAAAUCUUUCAUUAGCCCCAUAAUUAAGAAGUUAGAAAAACAAUAAUAAUGGUAGCCUACAAUAAAUUUUGGCUAAAUAAUGUUGUUUUUCUAAUGAUUUGGGUCAUCAUCAUCUUGCAAAUGUUGAUUCUUUCUUCUGCUAAUGACGCCGAAAUCCUCCUCAAGUUCAAGCAAUCCCUCUUGAAUGCAGAUGCCCUAAACAAUUGGGAUACCACCAUACCUCCUUGUACUAAUAACAUAAGAAAUUGGGUAGGUGUCAUAUGUCAUAAGGGUACAUUGUUUGGUUUACAACUUGAGAAUAUGAACUUAAAGGGAAAUAUUGACAUUGAUUCUCUUGUUCAAUUAUCAAGUUUAAGGACUAUUAGUGUUAUGAAUAAUAGCUUUGAAGGCGAAUUGCCCGCGAUUAACAAGCUUGGUAGGCUAAGAUCAAUAUUUUUCUCCUACAACAAUUUCUCAGGGAACAUUCAAGAUGAUGCAUUUGAGGGUAUGCAUGUGUUGAAGAAGGUGCAUUUGGAUCAUAACUCUUUUACAGGGAAUUUGCCUAAGUCAUUAGCUCAUUUGCCUAGGCUUUUGGAGGUGUCCCUUGAUAAUAAUCAGUUUUAUGGGAAUCUUCCAAAUUUUGAGUCCACUCAAUUGAAGCUGGUCAAUUUAUCAAACAACUACUUUGAUGGUCAAAUUCCUCCUUUGUUGAGUCACUUGAAUUCUUCUUCCUUUUUGGGAAAUCCAGGCUUAUGUGGGCGGCCAUUACCAGCAUGUAAACCAUCAAUACAUCAAAACUCUCUAUCAAUGAUACUAAUCAUCGUUAUAACAGUUGGAUUACUACUAAUCAUGACAGGAAUAUUCAUAUUUUUAACCCGAUGCCGGACUAAAUACAUUGCUAAACAAAUCUCAGCAAGAGACCUUGAGAUGUUACCACAUGAGAAAGCCAAAUUAAAGCAAACAAAUGGGUAUGAUAUGUACCCAAACAACCAAACAAGAGCUUUAGAUAGGCCAACAAGUUACAAAAAAAGUGAUAAUGGUAAACUUUGUUUCUUAAGAAAUGAUAGACAAAAAUUUGAGAUGCAAGAUUUACUAAAGGCUUCAGCUGAAGUUUUAGGUAGUGGAAGUUUUGGGUCAUCAUAUAAGGCUGCCAUAAUGGGUGGACCAACUUUUGUGGUAAAGAGGUUUAGACAAAUGAAUAAUGUGGGAAAAGAAGAGUUUCAAGAACAUAUGAAAAGACUUGGAAGAUUAAGGCAUACUAACUUACUUCCUUUAGUGGCUUUCUUCCAUAAAAGGGAUGAGAAGCUAAUUAUUUCUGAUUUUGUGGAGAAUGGUAGCUUGGCUAGUCAUCUUCAUGGACGGCGCACACCAAAUCAACCCGGACUAAAAUGGUCUCUUAGGUUGAAGAUCAUCAAAGGAGUAGCAAGAGGCUUAGCAUACCUCUUUCGGGAGCUCCCACAACUCUCAUUACCACAUGGACACCUUAAAUCAUCGAAUGUACUCCUCGACGACAAUUUCGAACCCUUAAUAGCAGACUACGCUCUUGCACCAUUGAUCAACAAAGAACAUGGUGAGCAAGUCAUGGCCGCGUACAAGUCUCCAGAGUUCACUCAAAGUAACACCAUAACCAAAAAGACCGAUGUUUGGUGUCUAGGAAUCCUUAUACUCGAAACCUUGACAGGGAAGUUCCCAGCUAACUAUCUAAAACAUGGGAAAGGCAGCAACGACGAGUUAGCCACUUGGGUUAACUCUGUUGUUAAAGAAGAGUGGUCUAGUGAAAUGUUUGACAUGGAAAUGAGAGCAUCAAGGAGUUGUAAAGGCGAAAUGCUAAAAUUGUUGAAGAUUGGAAUGUGGUGUUGUGAAUGGAAUGUUGAGAAAAGAUGGAGUUUAAGGGAUGCUGUGCAAAGAAUUGAGGAAUUAAAAGAGAUGGAUAAAGAUGAUUUAGCUGAUUUUCCUUCUUAUGGAAGUGGAAGAUCAUAUUCUGGAAGAUCAUAUUCUAGUGGAAGUCAAUACUCCAGAAUAGCAUCAAUAACUGAAGAAAAUGUUUGAUUUAGGGGAAUUCAUCAUGGAAUUCAAUUAAUUACUUCAGUUGAGGCUGCACUUUGAUGCAAUAAUAUAUGUUAGUUUUGCAGCAUAUACUUUGAGUAGUUGAUGUUUAACAAAAGGAAAGGAUCAAAUUUGUUGUUCUUUUGGUUUCUAAAUAUAUUUUUUUAACAACUCAUUGGAUAGAUAGUAAUGAAUUGUAGUAGUGAUAAUGAAUUUAUAUGUAAU